AUGGCUGCUCAGCCUAUCCUAAUCUCUUCUGUGUCUGCACAGGCCAUGUUUGAGCUGGUCACCUCCGAAGCCUCCUACUAUAAGAGCCUGAACCUGCUGGUGUCACACUUCAUGGAGAAUGAGCGGCUGAAGAAGAUCCUGCACCCAUCCGAGGCCCACAUCCUCUUUUCCAAUGUCCUGGAUGUCAUGGCUGUCAGUGAGCGGUUUUUGCUGGAGCUGGAACACCGCAUGGAGGAGAAUAUCGUUAUCUCGGAUGUGUGUGACAUCGUGUACCGCUACGCAGCUGACCACUUCUCAGUCUAUAUCACCUAUGUCAGUAACCAGACCUACCAGGAGAGGACAUACAAGCAGCUCCUACAGGAGAAGGCAACUUUUCGGGAGCUGAUCGCACAGCUGGAGCUGGACCCCAAAUGCAAGGGCCUGCCCUUCUCCUCCUUCCUCAUCUUGCCCUUCCAGAGGAUCACAAGACUCAAGCUGCUGGUCCAGAACAUACUGAAGAGAGUAGAAGAGAGGUCUGAGCGUGAAGGCACUGCCUUGGAUGCCCACAAGGAGCUAGAAAUGGUGGUGAAGGCAUGUAACGAGGGUGUCCGGAAGAUGAGCCGCACAGAACAGAUGAUUAGCAUUCAGAAAAAGAUGGAGUUCAAGAUCAAGUCAGUACCUAUCAUCUCACACUCCCGGUGGCUGCUAAAGCAAGGCGAGCUGCAGCAGAUGUCCGGCCCCAAGACCUCCCGCACCCUGCGGACCAAGAAGCUCUUCAGAGAAAUUUACCUCUUCCUCUUCAAUGACCUGCUGGUGAUCUGCCGGCAGAUCCCUGGAGACAAGUACCAGGUAUUUGACUCAGCCCCGAGGGGCCUGCUGCGUGUGGAGGAGCUGGAGGACCAGGGCCAAACAUUGGCUAACGUGUUCAUCCUGCGACUGCUGGAGAAUGCAGAUGACCGGGAGGCCACCUAUAUGCUGAAGGCGUCCUCCCAGAGUGAGAUGAAGCGUUGGAUGACUUCACUGGCCCCCAACAGGAGGACCAAGUUCGUAUCCUUCACAUCCCGGCUGCUGGACUGUCCCCAGGUCCAGUGUGUGCACCCGUAUGUGGCCCAGCAACCUGAUGAGCUGACGCUGGAGCUGGCAGACAUCCUGAACAUCCUGGAGAAGACAGAAGACGGGUGGAUCUUUGGUGAGCGCCUGCAUGACCAGGAGAGAGGCUGGUUCCCAAGUUCCAUGACAGAGGAGAUCUUGAACCCCAAGAUCCGCUCCCAGAACCUCAAGGAAUGUUUCCGAGUACAUAAGAUGGAGGACCCUCAGCGCAGCCAGAAUAAGGACCGCAGGAAGUUGGGCAGCCGGAAUCGGCAAUGAACCCAAGCUCAGGCACCAGCCUGAAGGAGGGGUGUGGGCAGGGGGUGGGGGAGUAGGCCCAGCAGAGAACCCUGACAGACACAGAGUCUUAGGGAGGAAAGGUCAGUGCCUUCCCAGGCCGAAGGAGGGGCUUGGGUCUGCACUGUCCCUGCCUACACAGUGGAGGCACUCGUCCUGGCCAUUCACAUGCAUACACACUGGCCAAAGGCUAAGUAUUUAAGCAGUAUUACACCACCUGCUCUCCUGCCUCUCAGAGCUAGAAGAGAGUGGGCAUGCUCCAGCGACCUUCCAGUAACUGGAAGAGGCCCACACAGGGGUUCCUGGCAGGAGGUAAUGACCAACCGUCAGGUCCCCUGAACUGCACGUGUCCUCCCCUACUCUGGAAGCGUUUAGAGUCUACCAGGCGCACCAGCAGGCAGCCCCAGCCUGAGGGAGCUUGGUGAGCAGUGCUGACUCUGCCCGCCCCUCUUGCACGGCCACGCCCUGCCCUCAGCAAGCCUCCGGGAGCUUGGCUGAGGGUUCAUGCCUCUGGCUCCUUGCAGGGCUAGAUGUCACUUGUAUCUCCUGGCCCCUGAAGGAGCCCAGGUGUUUUGCAGAAUGAAUGAAUUGGUCACUGCAUCCUUUAUGGUCAUGGUUUUGAGAAAAGCAAAUAUCAUUUUUGGCUGCAUUAAAAGCAUCCUGUAUAAAAUAA